GCGGUAGAUACAUUUUAGUCGUCAAGAAUUAAUUAUAAAAUAAAAUAAACCUAUAAACAAAUGAAUACAAAAAACAAGUGAACGUUAAUAUUUACGAGAAUUGAGGUGAAUGAAAUAAGGAUCCUGGAUUUCUUCACCCUUCAUGACAUGUAACGGCCCGCGACAUGCUCGGUACAUCAACGGCCGACCGUGAAGGCACCCGUCAAUGAUGGAUACGCACCCAAGAUGGACGGGUUGGUGAGAGAUGGCGCUCAUGAAGCAUGGCCAAGUGACCUGAAUGGGGGAAGGUACAGUAGUCGUUACGACAGUUACAUCGUCGCCAGCCCAACCCAGUUUCUAUGGAGUCGACGCCGACGCAACAGAGUGACAGUCGAACGUUGUUGAGCCCCACCGAUGUGGCAGGCAUGCGAGCGCUGUUUGCGUACUACGAUACCAACCGCGACGGCAACCUCUCGUCUGUCCAAGCAUUGCGCAUCUUUCAACUGCUUGGGUUGUCCGUGAAUGAAGCCCAUGUCUACGACCUCGAGCAAAUGUCCUUUGCAGAAUUCGUGACCAUUGUCGACUGCCAUGUUCGUUCCACACAGACGCCCGACCCCGCUGCGGAAUGGGCUGCUGUCAACCACUUCCGCAACGACAAGGUGUCGCCCCAGCAACUCGCGUACUUCCUCGCCAACUGCGACAAGCUCAUCCCAGAAUCGCAUCUCCAGCGCUUCCUCAUGCUUUACACCACUACCGACGAACAAGUAUUUAUCGACUUUCCGAAUUUUCACAAGUUUUUGAAGGAUUACCGCGCUCGACCGCAGAGCAUGCCGCCGAUUCCGUCCGAUGUGCGACCGAAUGCUGUUCAAGCGCAUCAUAUUCCGAUCCCGGAAGGGGGGACAAACGACGACCGUUCGACGAAGGCGACACUGCUCGAAGAGGACGAAAACGAUAACAACGAAUGAUUGAUGCAAUGGUAU